UCAACCGAGACAGCCCGAAAAUGUGACAGCUGCCACUGUCAGUUGAAUUUUUUGUGUGAUAAAAAAAAAGAACGACGAAGGCUGCCCAAAAUUGAUUUGAUUCUCUCGCAAUAUUUUUACUGUAAAAUCAUCAAAAAACUGUACUAUUGUGUCGGCAAUUGUGCAUAGGAGUGCUGUGUUGUGUUGUGCAGUGGGGAUUUUGGUGUAAAAAGUGAGAAUUGAGUGUGUUUUGUGGUGACUUUUUGGUGCCACCUUUUUGGACUGAGGAAAAAGAUGGUGUAAAUAUAAAAAUUUUCUUUUCCUCCUCUUUUUCCUGCCAACACACAUCAAUCUGUUGGGUAUUUUUUUUUGCUCAAGAGCAGCUCACUGCUCUGUGAACUCUCUUGGGUGGGUAUUUGUGUGUCUGCUGUGGGAAGUCUCUUCUUUUUUUUUCGUCGGGGAGGAAAGGAAGGAAGGGAGAGUGGGACGGAGAGAGGUGGAAAAAAUAGAGGCAGACGAGACAGAGAAAAAUAUGCAAAAGAGCAUUUGUGUGUGAAAAUUCUAGAGAGAGUGAGAGAGCGGGAGGUUGAGUUGGAAGAAGAAAAAAGUUCAAUAGGAAAGAAAAAUAAAUUGUUUUUGCCACCCUUACGACCAUGGUCAUAUCAUGCUGAAGAUGGCAGACACAGCAACUAGUCCCUCUGCGAAGCAACAAAAGCAGAAGGUGCUCCCGGACGCAGCCAAAGUCGACCGACGAGGGCUCAACAUGAAGGGGAUCAAUGACGCUCCCGGUGGCGCAAAGACGCCUCCAGUGACCGGGUCAGAGGUCCGUGGUGGCCAGACAAGUGCCCCAAGUAGUGUAGCCAGUAGCAUGAGUAGGAAGCCCAAGGCGUCCUCCUUCCAAAUCACCUCAGUGACAUUGGGUACGCGAACGAGUGCAGACAAUGGGGAAGACAGUGCCGAUGAUCUGGAUGAGUCUCAUAGUCAUACCGAUGACAAUAGUCGCGUGACGGAUCAUGGCAAUGAGACACCCAGCUUUUCCGAGGACACAAGUUUCUCCAAGGAGGAUGUAUACUACUCGUCAAAUGCUCUCGGGACGGCUCCGGUGAUCCCAACAAGUUCCCAAUAUGGCCUGGCCAUUGUAUCACCCGAACUCAAUGGUACGGCCACACUGACGGAUGUUCAUGUGAGUUUAACGGAUGCUGGCAUCAAUAUUGUGGGCAAUGCCAAGCAGAAUUGCGAUGUGGACAUUAAGGAUGUCCAUCAGAGGAAUGAGAGGUUCAAAGUGGUGAAAAUUGAGAGUACGGAGCCAUUUAAACGGGGUAGAUGGAUGUGUAUGGAUUAUCUGGAUCAUACGACGCUGCAGCAGGCAAAUGCUGGAUCUGAGGGGGCUCUCGAUGGGACAGAUGAGGGAGUGGCUAAAGUCAAUAACAUUCUUCCUGGACAAACUGCUCCGGCAGUUUUUUACAAUUCAACUGUAGUGGCAUCCCAAGCAGCCCCAACGGAAACCACAACAACAACAACGGUGCCAGAAGUGACCACUCUGCCGGCUGUGAAUGCCACAACAAAUACAUCUGCAGCCUAUACGGCUCAGAGUAUGCCAUCGCAUCAGAUUCAAGAGGCCAUUUCGGCGGCCACAAAACGACCACCGAAAGUGUCAUCGCGCCAUCAGGGACAAACGCAACCAGCUCAGUACUAUCAGCAGGCUCUCAAGAGACACAGCAGUACCCAGGAAUAUACCCAGGGUGCAACACUUCCGGCCCAUCUGCUCAAUUUCCGCGAUACAGCUGGACUGGAAGCGAGUCUGGCCAGUCUGAGCAGUGGUCAUCCCAUUGAGCAGCAUCACAAUAAAUCACCCAAGAGACAGGUAGCUCAGACACCCGAAGAUGCCGCCGUAAUCCCAUCUAGUCAGCCAGAGGUGGAUAGCAGUAGCAGAGUCAAGGAGCCGGAAGAGGUGGUGACACCAUGUGACCGUGUGACAGUAGCACCGACAGCAGCGACAGCAACAACGGCUCCAGAGGCUGUAGAUAGCAAUUGCGUUAGUACGUCCAGUGGCGUCAAUUCACCAACUGUGAGCGUAGUGUCGCAGCCGGAUGCAACACCAGAUGCCACCACCGAAGUGGAUAUGACGCCAGAGCAGCAGCAGCAGCAUUUAGGAGCCACUCCGGGCAGCACUGAUGAAAAUGCUCCAACUGACGACAGUGAAAAUGCGUCAGGAACGAGUGCUGUGGCUAUAGACAACAAAAUUGAGCAAGCUAUGGAUUUGGUAAAGUCCCAUUUGAUGUUUGCUGUGAGGGAGGAAGUGGAAGUACUAAAGGAGAAAAUAGCCGAACUGAUGGAUCGAAUAAAUCAGCUUGAAGUGGAAAAUACAAUACUUAAAGCGAAUGCAACGCAAGAGACCCUUUCGCAAUUGUCAGCGACACUUGCACAGGGAAAGGUUCAAUCGUCAAAUACAGGAAAUGGAUCUGUCUCAUAAGUAGAAGAAAAAAAGGAAGUAACAACAACAAAACGGAAGUGAACGCAAAAAAAGGAAGGAAAGUUUUAACAAAAUCAUACACCAAUUUUAAUGCUAAUCACACGCUUAUGCCUCAUUUUUUUAAGUUCAUCCCCCUUCCCGCUCCCUCACACUUUUUUUUUUUUUUUAAAUUAACGAAAGACAAGUAAAAGUCUUUAAAUAAGUGAAAGACAGUCCCCAAACUCAAAAACAAAAUAGGAAGAACAAUAGAAAAAAGUGGCAAAAGAAUUUACAACUUAGAAUAUAUCAAUGUUCUUUUUUUUUCUUCAAUCAGCCUUCAAUGGCUAAAAUAUCGACUAUCGGUCCACUAUACUUUCUGUUUGUUUUUUUUUCUGUUUGUGAAAGAGAGUCUUUUUUUUUACAUAAACCUUCUCCAUCCCUCAUCCCUCAAUCUAAAAUAAAAAAAAUCUCUCUUUCCGUUCUCGAGUCAAUAAUGUAAUUUAAAUGAACGUUUUUGCAUAUUAGUUUAAUAGUAAAAAUGAUGCUAUUUAAAUAAUUAUUAUAUAUUUGUUUUUUUUUUUGUAAAUUGGGCAGAGUCACAUGAAAGAAAGAUAUCUGAGAUUGUGUAAAGGAAAAAAAACAAAAAUAUUGUGGACGCAGUGAAAAAUUUGUAGGAAUUAUGUUGUAUAUAUAGCACAUGUUUAGAAUUUAGGAUAGACUCAUAAGAUAAAUGAUAGUGAAACACACACCAAAAUAGUGUGUAAGAUUAAUUGUUUCUUUCCUUAUCUGUUGUGUUUUUUUUUUGUAAUCUGGAUUUUUUUUUCUUCGUCAAUAUUUGCACAAUUUCCACUGGGAGAAAUUUGAUAAAAUGUUAUACUGCGGCAUUCAAGAAGUUAAGAAAAAAGAUCUUUUGGUUUUUUUUCACAGGUUUGUAAUACGAAUUGGGAAUUAAACUCGGAAUUAAAUCCCAGUAACAUGUAUUUUUUAGUCUCGUGUUCUUUGAUUGGCUGGAGCUUUGAUUGGUUUCAAGCGAUAGGACUAAAAUAUUUCAUGUGAUCAAAUAUUUGAUUACAUAAAUAUUCGUGUGGAUUUAGGUAAAAACAGAAAGAAAACCUGAUUAGAUCUCGUUCAAAUUUGAUGAUAUUUUAUUGCCCAAAAUGACAAAAAGGAACGCGUAGAAAGUUAAGAACUUGUUUUGCAAUGACUCGGUCAGGAAAAAGCAAAUUUCACUAGAUAAACCAUUCCGUGAAUUAUCUUUUCCCAUGAUUUUUGGGUGAAUAUAGAUUUACAACAUUUUGAAUUGAUUCAUAAAUCAAAAAAACCAUUUGGAAAUAGACAAUUGAGGAAGGUGCGCGCAUUACUAUCACGAAGCAAAUAAAAAGAAAUACUCGAGAAAGAUAAAAAUCAAUUACCGGUAUUUUACCGAUUGAAACUAAUGCAGCUAGAUUGGGUAUAUCAAGACCUUUCCAGAAAGUCCAAAUUUGAUCAAAACGGUUGAAAAAUAAAUCCUCUAGAGUGGUUAAAACGUCGACUUUCAAAAAAUCAAAAUGGCGAUUUUAUGUCACAGAAACGCAUGAUCGAAUGACUAUGUUCAGUAAUAAUCUAUCCAAGAGACAAUGUCACCUCAAAGCUUGUUAGUUUAAAUUUUCGAACUUUCAACGAAUUUUUGGGUAAGUGCUCUGUACGGGUACAGUAGGUAGAAAACUCAAUCGGAAAGAGCUCUCAACUCGGGAAGGUUGUUACUGAACGUGAGGAAUAUUUCUCUGGGGCCAAAACAUAUCCAUAAAGAAAACAAAAUCGUUUCAGCCGUUUAUGAGGAAGAAAGUAUAUUGGCAUAACAAUUUUUAUGGGGUGUCACCGAAAAUCGAAAGUCAAUAUCUUUCACAGUUUUAUACUUUUAUGCCGAGUAAACAGUUUAAAAACGGAUUAAAAACGGUCAGUAAACAUUAAAAAGUGGUCAGGAGAAAUUAAAAAUGAGCUUUAAAAAAUAAAAAGUAAUCAGUAAAAAAUGAAACUUGGUCAGUAAAAAAUAAAAUAUGGUCAUAAAAUAUUAAAAAUUAAAAAGAAACAUCAAAUUGUUCAGUAGAAAUAUUCAAUUUGGUCAGUAAAAAAAAUAUAAAAUGUUCUGCAAGAAAUUAGUAAUGAACCGUAAGAUAUUAAAUUAAAAAUAAUAUCAGUAAAAUAUUCAAAUCAAUCAAUUGAAGUAUUCAAUCUUGAUUUAUAAUUUAGAAAUUACUUUUUCUUCGCUGACCAUUUUUCAAUUUUUAAUUCUUUCAAAUACUAUUCACUCAUAAGCGUAAAUAAUUAAAAAAAAAACAUAAGAAACAUGCAUUAUGUCUCUUGUUUUUUUUGCGUUUUGUAAAAAGAAAAAAUAUAAAGCAAACUGUAAAUUCUGCAUGACUUAAAAUUAGGAAAUAUUCUUGACAAAGGCAAAAUUGAGAUUUUGGAUAUACGAGAACAUUUUGCUCAUUCUACUGGUCAGACUGGAAAGUUUUAUAGAGCAUUUUCAUCUGAAUAAUAUAACUUAAUGUCUCCGGCACACCUUUUAUAUCAGGUCAGGAUUCAGGAUAAUUUCAUAAAGUCGAAAUUCGCAUCCCUCUCUUUCUCAAACCUAUUGCAUAUGUCUAUCUCACUCUUUCGUACUCUUCUUCUUCUUCAUUUAAACAUCAUAACAAAUUAAAUUUAGUACAACCGAAUUUGGAGUGCGAAAGAAUGAGACGGACAUAUAUGCAAAACGUUUAAGAAAGGGAUGUGAAUUUAGAUUUUUGAUUUCAUGUCCUGAUCUAAAAGGUUUGCCGGAGCCAUUACUGACCAAAUUGCUAUUUUACUGACCAAAUAUGGCAAUGUCUUGAAGCUAAAACACUUGUAAAAAUUAAAGAUUCACCGUUCAUAAGAAUCACGGCCAAGAAGGAUACUUUUUCUUAAAGUACUUUAAUAAUAUCGACUUCAGACUAAAAAAAUAGCCAUGUAGCUUAACUUCCCUAAUUUUUUAUCAAGCAAGACUUUGAGAAAAUUUUUAUUUGGGAUUUUAUGAGGAAAUGGUGCAAUAGAUCAUGAAAAAACUUUAAACUUGCGUGUCAAAGGAACACCUAUUGGAAUUCUAUCAGGUUGCUUAUGUUAUGACCUAUUUCCACCUAAUUUUGUAUCAUUUGGAACAUGAAAAGUGAACAUCCUUAUUAUAAAACGUAGAUUAAUGGUAAACCGUCAUUUUAGGGUCAAAGGAACACCACUUCGACAGGGAACCUUUAUUGACACUUUCAUCAAGAUAUUGAGAUUUAUUUAACGUAACUAAUAAAUGCAAAUAGAAUAGCAGUUUUUCAGAACACAAAAAUUGUUAAAAUACCCCUGAAAUUGCGUGAAAAUUUAAUAGUUUUUAUUACUUUUUUUUUAGCAAAGCCUUACAAGGAAUCAAUUCAAAAUAGAAGUGAAUCCGGUCACUUCACUUAGAAAGUCUGUAUUCAGGACUCUUGAAAACAAAGAUUAAGCAAAGUGAUUAAAUUGAUCUAGAAGAGUUAUCCCCGUUUAUAAGUCAGUUAAUCAACUGAGCUUAGCUUGGAUGUGUAAUUCUAACUGUGCUAUCACACUUGCACAUUAAAAUUUUAAUACGAUUCACAUUAAUUGUCGCUGGUGAGAGUCCAAAUGUGUAAUUUGUGUGUUUGAAUCAUUUUAUUUUCAAAAUUUGAUCUAUUUGUUGAUAAAAAGGUAGAUUUGGCCCGCAAAAUUUGAUAUAAAUUGAUGUACAGCAUUAAUGCGAAAAAUUAAUGCGAUUUUCUCUUUAAUUUUUUAAUGUAAAAAAUAUUUAUGCUUUAGGUAAAUUUAAACUUAGUUUUGCAGGCCAAGUCCACUUCUUUAUCAAUAAAUAGAAAAACCCCAAAUAUUAAGUGACUCAAAGACACAAAUAACAUAUUUGGACGCACACAAGCGACAAUUAAUGUGAAUCACAUUAAAAUUUUAAUGUGCAAGUGUGAUAACGCCGUAACUCCAAGCGUCAAGUACUAUUUUAUUAAAUAUCAUUUUUUCUUAAAUUUAAAAUGUAAAUUAAACAAUAAAAAAAUGAACUUUAAUUUUAAUUAAAUUCAUCCAACUUCGUGAAUGCCGCAGUAUCAUUUUUUUCCCAAUAACUAAAAACAAGAGCUUUUAGAAGCUUUUAGAACAGAAACAUUUUAAUAAUUACAUUUCCCUGAGAGACAAACAUAAUCAGAAAUACAGAAUAGAAUACUUAAAAGAAAAAAAAUACCACUUAUCUUGCGUCAAUCCUGGAUAAAAUGAAGAUAUCACCCUUCUCGAUCCUUCCUGUGAAACAUUCUCACGCCAACUAAAAAAAAAAGAGGUUCCCCGUUCUGGAAAUGCCAUCUUUGUGUUUCUCCAAAAGCCAUUGUAAUUUAAUCUGCAGUGGAUAAGAAAAAAUAAAUAAAUAAGAAAAAAAGAACAAUAAGAGAUUUGAAAAUAACCGAGUAAAACUUAGAUAUUUUAGAGAUGGUCUCUUUAGAGAAAAAGAAAUAAUCUUAUUAAAACAAUUUUAUUGUAAUGUGCAUAACUUAUAGUAAUUGAAGAAAAAGGAAAAAAAAUGAGAAGUGAUAAAAAGAAGUACUGUUGAAAGAGAGGAAAAAAAUUAUGAGAAUGAUUCGGAUUCUCCAAAGGAUGUUCUUGAUUUAGGAUCAAGCAACAAGACGCCUCGUGAAGAAAAAAUCAUGAAGAUUUCCCUGCGGAGAAUCCGAUGAAUUUAAUCAGAAAAGUGUGAUCUUGUAAAUAGAAAAAAAAUGAAUAAAAAAUAAAACAAAA